UUUCACAAAUUGACGUGGCUCUAAAUUUUAGUGUUUAGGUGUAUUUAGAGGCUGAAAUUGCAAUGCAAAAAGUUUUGCACGCAAUUGGUCCAUUAAAUUAAACGGUGAAUCGGUGCUGGAACAGUGUUUAAAUAAAUUCAACAAGUACGCACCAAAUACAUACGCGAAAACGCGAAAAUCGCUCACUGAUUAACAGAGAGCGAGAGUGAUUGUGUGUGCGAUAGAGGCCGAAGCCCGCAAGGCAGCGCCGUUGUUCAUUGUCAGCAAAAAAAAAAAAAAGAAGAGAAAAAUAGAAAUUUCGUUUGUUGCGUGCCAAUUGCAAAGGAAUUAUUAAUACAAAACGCCCCAUUGCAACUGGAACUGCAACUGCAACCACAAUAGAAGAAUAAUACACACAGCAUUGGGCGAAAACGCAGUGAAAAGUGUGUGCAUGCUACAGAAGUCAAUUAACGAGCGCAGGGCAAGAAGAAGAGCCAACUACAAAGUGCAAGUGCUGGUCAAGUACACACAUACACACACAAACAUACGUUCCAACGCCCUUUUUCCAGCGAUCCCAUUAGUUUGGCAACAUUGACAAGAAAGCUGCAUUCCAUGAAUUGAAUUGUGCCCAACGCAGAAUGUCAGCAUACAAUACAAAUUUUGUGCCACCCGCGCCAAAUGGCAGUUCCGGCAGCUUGGUUAAUGGUCAGCCGCAGCAGCAACAACAGCAACAACAGCUCCAGCAGCAGCAGCAGCAGCAGAUUUACCUGCAACAGCAGCCGUCGCAGCAGCAAAAGCCCGUUGCACCGCAGAAGCCAGCCCAUCAUUUCCCUCAACAGCCAACGCAGUAUCCCAUAAAUGCCACGCCCACUGGCUCUGCAUUGCUGCCACCUCAAUUCAAUAACAAUGCGAAGAACAAAUUUCUGCCGCCAGCCAUGAGCAAUGUUCCAGCGCCGACGGCACCGCUCACCAAUCUGCCCGUGCAUCUGCGUCCGCCCACGCUGAACGGACCCACAACAGCCGCCGCGCCAGUUGCGCCCAUUACCAAUGGCAGCAAUGGUGCACUGAGCGCCAACUCAUCGCGCACCGCAUCGCCUGGUCUGGUCAGUGGCAAUGCCAGCUUGGUCUCGGCGGAGGCGGCUGCACCACCAAAAGUAACGCCAUCCAAGCAGCAGUUUAUGGCGGGUCCGUUGGGCAACUCAAUGCAAUCGCUGCAGCAGCAGCAGCAGCAGCAGCAGCAGCAGCAGUCGAAGGGCGUCUCGAGCACUUCGAUGCCGCCGGCUCAGCAGUCAUUCACUGGCCAACUGGGACCUACGUUGGGCGACUCAAUGCCGCCGUCUGCCGGUAACUUGGGCGCCUCAAUGCCGUCGCAACAACUGACGAUCAGCCAGUUGGGUUCCACGUUGUCGCCACCUCAACAACCGGCCAGUCAAUCGGGCAGCGCAUUGGGCGCCUCGAUGCCGCCGUCUGCCAGCAACUUGGGCUCCACAUUGGGCGCCUCGACGCCGUCGCAACAACCAACGAUGAGUCAGACGGGCUCCACAUCAUCACCACCGGCCAGUCAGUCGGGCUAUGGAUUGGGCGCCUCAAUGCCGCCGUCUGCCAGCAAUUUGGGCUCCACAUUGGGAGCCUCAAGGACGACGCAACAACCAACAAUGAGUCAGUCGGGCUCCACGUCUUCACCAGUGGCCAGUCAGUCGGGCUAUGGAUUGGGCGCCUCAAUGCCGCCGUCUGCCAGCAACUUGGGCUCCACAUUGGGCACCCCAUUACCGUCGCAACAACUAACGAUGAGUCAGUCGGGUUCUACACAACAGCCAGCGGCGAGUCAGUCGGGCGCCUCAAUGCCGCCCCAACAGCUAGCGAUCAGCCAGUCGUGUCCCACGUUGCCGCCACCUCAACAGCCGGCCAGUCAGUCGGGCGCCUCAUUGCCGUCCCAGCAGGCGCAACCACCCGUCAGCCAGGUCUCCAGUAUGGCUAGCCAAAUGCAGAACAUGAAUUUGAAUCCCAGUAAUGGACCUAGUCCGGCCGCGUCUUUUGCGCGUAAGGAUUACCGUGGCGUGGCAACGGGCCUGGCUGGGCCCGUGCCGAAAUUGGACACCAGCGGCGCCAAUACAUUGCUGGCAUCGAGUGGACUGGCGCCCAGCCUGCCCAAUCCCAUGGCUGUGCCGUUCAAUGCCACCGUGCCCCGCAACGGGAGUCCAGCGAACGUGUAUGGCGCCGUUUCGGCAGCACCCAAGAUGGUGCCAAGGCCAAUGCCGCCCACCGGACAGAAACUGGCAUACGGCAUACCUGCGCCAGUGCCGGGAGCGCCAGUGCCGGCAGCACCUGCACCAGCUGUCGCGGAGCAGAACAACAAUACGCAAAGUGCCGCUGCGCUGCCAACAGCGCAACGGCCACCGAUGUGGCAGCCGUUGGCUGGUGCUAUGCCCGCCAUGCCGACUGCACUGCAAAAGCCGCAGGCUUUUGUGCCGCCGCCGCUGCCGUCAAAUCAGCGUAUGGCAUCGCAGGUGCAGCUGCCGCCCUUUGGACCGCCAACAACCAUGGAGCAGCAGCAGAAGCAACAGCAGCAACAGCAGCCGCAGCAGCAACAGCAGCCGCAGCAGCAACAGCAGCCACAGCAGCAACAGCAGCCACAGCUACAGCAGCAACUGCAGCAGAUGCCACAGCAACAUCCUCCACAGCAGCAGCAGCAUCUGCAACAGCAGCAACAGAUCCCGCAGCAGCAACAGCUUCCCCAUCCACAGCAAUAUCCGUAUAAGCAAGCGUUUCCACAGGCGAUGCAACCGCUGCCACAGCAGCAGCAGCAACAACAGCAGUUAAGUGCACCCGGAAUGUUUGGCGUGCAGCCGGGCAGUGCGCCGUUACAGUAUCAGGCGCAGGGCGUGGCGCAGCAACCGCUGAGUGUGACGCAGCAGGGUUUCAGUCGUCUGUGGGGCCAGGAUACCGUUGAUCUGAUGCAGAACCGGCAUAUACUGUCGCCGGCAACGAUUGCGCCGCCGAAGGUUGUGCUGCACAAUCAGUUCCACGAGUCUAUCAACUGCAAUCCGAGCAUUAUGCGCUGCACGCUGGCCAAAAUCCCGGAGAGCAAUUCGCUGCUGCAAAAGUCGCGUCUGCCGCUCGGCAUAGUCAUUCAUCCGUUUCGCGAUGUCAACAGCCUGCCCGUGAUACAGUGCGUCAAUAUCGUGCGCUGCCGCCUGUGCCGCACCUAUAUUAAUCCGUUUGUCUACUUUGUGGACAGCAAAAUGUGGAAAUGCAAUCUCUGCUAUCGCGUCAAUGAGUUGCCCGAGGACUUCCAGUUCGAUCCGGCUACGAAGACCUAUGGCGAUGUGACACGACGACCCGAGGUGCGCUCCAGCACCAUCGAGUUCAUAGCGCCGUCAGAGUACAUGCUGCGUCCACCGCAGCCGGCCAUGUAUCUGUUUCUGUUCGAUGUGUCGAUAAUAGCGCAACAGAGCGGCUAUCUGGAGUCAGCCUGUUCGGUGCUCAAUCGCCAUUUGGACGAGAUGCCGGGUGAUGCGCGCACCCAAGUGGGUUUUAUAUGCUACGAUAGCUUUGUGCACUUCUACAGCAUGGCCGAGGGUCUAAAUCAGCCGCACGAGAUGACCUUGCUGGAUAUUGACGAUCCCUUCUUGCCGCGCCCAGACAGUUUGUUGGUUAAUCUCAAGGAGUGCAAGGAACUGGUAAGGGAUCUGCUCAAGCAGUUGCCCAAACGAUUUGCGCACACCCAUGAUCCGGGCUCGGCCCUGGGUGCGGCCUUGCAGGUGGCCUUUAAGCUGAUGCAAGCAUCUGGCGGACGUAUAACCGUAUUUCAAUCGUGCCUUCCCAACAAGGGACCCGGGGCGCUGGAAGCGCGAGAAGAUCCCAACAAUCGCUCGGCCAAAGAUGUGGCCCAUCUGAAUCCUGCGACGGAUUUCUACAAGCGUUUCGCUCUGGAGUGCUCCGGCUAUCAGAUUGCAGUCGAUCUGUUUCUGAUGAAUCAACAGUAUAGCGACAUGGCCACCAUAUCCGGCGUUAGUAAACACAGCGGUGGUUGUGUGCACCACUUUCCGCUCUACCAGAGGACCAAACAGCAUAUGGUGGAAUCGUUUAAGCAGUGCUUCAAGCGCUAUCUCACCCGCAAGAUCGGCUUUGAGGCGGUGAUGCGUAUACGCUGCACACGUGGCUUGCAGGUGCACACAUUCCAUGGCAACUUCUUUGUGCGCAGCACGGAUCUAUUGUCGCUGCCCAAUGUCAAUCCGGAUGCCGGCUAUGGCAUGCAGAUAUCAUACGAGGAGAGCCUCACCGAUGUCAAGACCAUUUGCUUCCAAGCGGCGCUGCUCUAUACGAACAGCGAGGGCGAACGACGCAUACGUGUCCAUACUGUGUGCCUGCCGGUGACCUCGUCCCUGCCUGAGGUAAUGCAUGCCGCCGACACAGAAGCCAUUGUCGGCCUGCUCUCCAAAAUGGCAGUGGAUCGUUCGACAGCAUCGAAUCUAUCGGAUGCACGGGACGCCUUCAUCAAUGCGACCAUCGACGUGUUCAAUGCAUUUAAGAUUGCACAAAAUCUGCCCUCCGGCCAGAGUGGCCAACUGAUAGCACCACGAAGCCUGGCCCUGCUGCCCCUCUACAUUUUGGCACUGCUCAAGCAUCCCGCUUUUCGCGUGGGCACCAGCACGCGCCUGGAUGAUCGCGUCUUCGCAAUGGACAACAUGAAAACGAUGCCACUGGAUCAGCUCAUGAAGUACAUCUAUCCCGAGCUGUACAAAAUCGAUGCACUCGUCUACCAUGUGCGCCACACCAAUGUGAGCACAACGCAGGAUGACGACGACGAUGAUGAUGAACUGCUGCCAGAAAUGCAACGCCUGCAACUAUCUGCGGAGCACCUGGACUCGCGUUCAAUAUUUGUGAUGGACUGCGGCACGCUGAUUAUGAUCUAUGUCGGCAUUAAUGUGCCCACCGAUGUGCUGCAAGCUUUGCUGGGCAUUAGCUCGACCUCUGAACUGGCCGAUUAUGUGUACGGUUUGCCCAACGUGGUCAGCGCCGAGAACGAUGCGCUCAAGCGUUUUAUACAGCGUCUGAACUACGACAAGCCCUACGCGCCGCUAGUGCAAAUUAUCAGGGAUACGAGCACUGCGAAGGCGCAGUUUAUUGAGAGAUUAACGGACGAUCGCAGUGAAUCUAGUUUGUCAUAUUAUGAAUUUUUGCAACACAUUCGGGCUCAGGUUAAAUAGUACAUAAGUCGAAAAUCCUACUACUAUUGUAUGCAACAUAAUUACGAGUUUAUCCGAACUUAAAAAGAAAAACUAAACAAAAAAGUAAAUUUAACAAAAACUCUGCUGACUAAAAGGUAGACAGACAAGCCGGGCCAGGCAGGAGGAGUUGCUGCAGCCAGCUCUGAUUCACAUUAGAUACGCAUCAUAUGUUCAUAAAAUCCCCCACCACCACCACCACAACCAGCACCCCCUCCCCACUCCACGAAACAAAGAUAUGUAAAACUAAGUGCAUAAGACAAGUAAAUGAAUGAGAAUGUUUAAUAUAAUAGAA